ACAGCAGCGCCUCCGACACUCACCGGCAACUUCCUUCUCAGCCUAGAUUUCCUGGCUCGUAGUUGACCGUAAACACUGAUCUGUGUCGGGUGUUUUUAUAUUACUUAUUUCUGCUCUGAAAGGUCAGUCUUUAGAAGUGAUUGGUAAACCAGUUUGAACCCGUGUCCGUGCAUGCCUGCUGGGCUGUGCAGCCCCGGUGUCCGGCAGCAGCUGUUGAACAUCCCCAGGUGAAUGUCCCCGCGGCCAGGGAGCCCCCGCUGUGAGAGGCCGCUCCGCUGGCUGCAGGAUGAGGAGGCUGACCAGGAAGAAGGCUCUCACCCUGGUGAAGGAGCUGGACGCUUUCCCCAAAGUUCCCGACAGCUACGUGGAGUCCACAGCCAGCGGCGGGACAGUGUCUCUGAUCGCCUUCACUCUCAUGGCUAUCUUGGCCUUCCUGGAGUUCUUUGUGUACAGAAACACCUGGAUGAAGUAUGAAUACGAGGUGGACAAAGACUUCACCAGCAAACUCAAAAUAAAUGUGGACAUCACAGUGGCCAUGAGAUGCCAGUACAUUGGUGCUGAUGUCCUCGAUCUGGCAGAGACCAUGGUUGCUUCUGAUGGUUUAAAAUAUGAACCAGCCAACUUUGAACUGCCACCAGAGCACAGAUUGUGGCACAUGACUCUUCUGCACAUCCAGGAGCGUCUGAGAGUUGAACACUCUCUGCAGGAUUUGCUCUUCAAAACUGCAAUAAAAGAAGCUCCUCCUGCUCAGACUCGAAGUGAAGAAAGCCCCAGCUCCCUUCGUGCCUGCAGGAUACAUGGACAUAUGUAUGUCAACAAAGUGGCAGGAAAUUUCCACAUUACUGUUGGCAAGUCCAUUCCUCAUCCCAGAGGCCACGCACAUCUGGCUGCCCUCGUUAGCCACGACUCGUACAACUUCUCUCACCGGAUUGACCACCUGUCGUUUGGAGAAGCCAUCCCCGGACUGAUCAGCCCUCUGGAUGGCACAGAGAAAGUGUCUCCUGACUCUAACCACAUGUUUCAGUACUUUAUCACCAUUGUGCCAACCAAGCUGAACACCUACGGGAUCUCUGCGGAAACACAUCAGUAUUCCGUUACAGAGCGGGAACGAGCGAUAAACCAUGCUGCCGGCAGCCACGGAGUCUCAGGGAUCUUUAUGAAGUACGAUAUCAGCUCACUGAUGGUCAAAGUCACUGAGCAGCACAUGCCUCUUUGGCAGUUUCUCGUCCGACUCUGCGGCAUCAUCGGAGGCAUUUUCUCCACCACCGGAAUGGUCCACAGUUUGGUGGGAUUUCUGGUAGACGUAAUCUGCUGUCGUUUUCAAAUGGGAAUCUACAAACGUCUGGAUGCUCCUCCGAAUGUACCUGCAGACGAUCAGAAUACACUUCCUACAGAAAAUUUCAGCCAAGAAUGAGACGGCUCAGCUGCUCACGAUCCUGACCCGACCCAAAGACGGCACAAGUUUUGGGAAGAUGUUUACAAGUUGCUUUAUUUUAAAUAUGCCCUGGUUUUUUUUUGUUUUUUUUUUUUUUUUUUUUGUGUGGGUUAAAUAUUGGGAUGUGACUAUUCAUCCACGUGUGAAGGGUUGUAAUCAAUACCUCCACUAAUUAUCUGUUUCUGUCACUGGAAAGCUGCAAUGAUUAAAUAAAUAUCAUUAGUCUUGAACGUGGUUCGUUGGAACUACAGCAGUCGACUGUUUACCUGCUUGAGGUUGCCUUUUAUAAUUCAUCUUCACGUUUUUAUAUUUCUUUCUUUCAUAUUUUGAAGACCUCCAGAAACUUUCAUUGUAAAAAAUGUUUAAGUUUCAGUAAAUGAUAAACCUCUGUGGGUAUGAAUGGUCUUUUAAAGGAAAACGGUGUGGGGUAUCAAGAUUUGCUUCCUUGUGUAUAUGAUAUGUGAAUUAUAAUCCGCCUUCAACUUGACAUUGGUGCUCUGUGUCCAGCGCAAACUAGCAUAGUCUGAGCUACGGCUGCAUUGAUUUAUUUAUAUAUUUUUGGUUAAACACUUGACUGUAACAUUCGUGCAGAACUGCGGAGCCCAAAAUGUUGGUUUUACUUUUUUUUCUCUUCAAACUAUUCAAAUCCCCCCCCAUAAUACAAUUUAUAAAUCAUACAUGUAAAAGCACAUUUAAGAAGAUAAAACCUGAAAAUAUUUGCCUUCUGUCUUGUAAACAUUGAAAAAUGAAUCUGUUAUCAGAACAUUUGCACAUUGAUCAAUAAAUUUACAUCGUUUGAACUCUG